AUGGGCGUACCUUCAUUUUACCGAUGGCUGGUGAAGAAAUAUCCUAAGAUAGUGGUUAAUGCCAUAGAAGAAAAGGGGGAAUUUACUGAUCAUAAUCUGCAGAACAAAAAUGGAGAAUUUGAUACUUUUUACAUCGAUAUGAAUGGAAUAAUACAUCCCUGUUUUCAUCCUGAUGAUAAACCUUUUCCUCCUACAACGUUUGAUGAGGUCUUUGACAAUAUCUGUGAGUAUAUUGAUCGACUUUUCAACAUAGUAAGACCAAGAAAACUUUUAUAUUUAGCCAUUGAUGGAGUGGCUCCACGAGCAAAAAUGAAUCAGCAAAGGGCUAGACGUUUUCGAGCUUCCAAGGACAACCAAAUUGCUGAGGAAAUGGAAGAAACGUUGAGAAAACAGUUUGAAAAGGAAGGAAAAACUGUAUUACCGAAAGCAGAAUCAAAGGUUUCUGAUUCCAAUGUUAUCACGCCUGGAACAGAAUUUAUGUACAUGCUAUCGAAGAAACUCGAGAGCUACAUCAGGCAGAGGAUUAAUGGCAGUACAGCCUGGAGUAAUAUCAAGGUUAUCCUUUCGGAUGCUAAUGUCCCUGGAGAGGGAGAACACAAAAUCAUGUCUUUUAUACGUGCCCAGCGCUCGUUGCAAGGUUACAAUGCAAAUACACGCCACUGCCUCUAUGGCCUGGAUGCAGACCUUAUAAUGCUUGCAUUGGCCACUCAUGAGCUGUAUUUUUCUAUUAUAAGAGAGGAUUUGCUUGUUCAAGAGGAACAACUUUGUCGUGUAUCAGCUCUUGAACAUAGUGUUCAUAGAGCUGAAGUUUCAAGUUUGGAAGAAUCUAUAGUAUUCAACGAUACUGUUAACACAGAUAAUAAAAGAUCUACGAUCCUGAGUAAACCAUUCCAGUUUCUCCAUGUUUGGAUACUGAGAGAGUACCUGGAGCUGGAUAUGGAUAUUACCGAUCCUCCUGAGAAUUUUGUUGGUGAUUUUGAAAGGAUAGUAGACGAUUUCGUUUUCAUUUGUUUCUUUGUUGGAAAUGAUUUUCUUCCACAUGUGCCUACCCUUGAGAUUCAUGAGGGUGCUGUAGAUCUGUUGAUGCAUAUCUAUAAAAAAGAAUUCAGGAAAAUUGGAGGUUUUUUGGUCGAUUUGAAAAGGGUGAAUGAGAAAAAUGCCUCCUACAUCGAGAUGAAAAGAAUUGAGAAGUUCAUGUUUUAUGUUGGUCAAUAUGAGGACCAAAUAUUCAUGAAAAGAUCUCGACUGAGGGAAAAAAAAUUGAAGCGGAUUUUAGCAGAAUGUAUGGAUGAUCAAAUUGAUGAAGGGGAAGAGAACGAGAAAGGAGAUUUAUCAAAUACUUCUGAUGCAUGCUUAGAUGUAAAUCCUGUGGCAAGCCAGAUUGAUAGACCGAGUGUUGACAAUUCACAAAUUCUAUGUAAUACGAAAGAGCUGAAGCAGAAGUUGAAAGAUCAAAUUCGAGACUUAGCAGAUUAUUUCAAAAAUGGUCCUGGAAUCGAUAAAGUGAAAUUAGGUGUACCUGGAUGGAAGGAGAGAUAUUAUAAGGAGAAAUUUUCUGCUGAUCCUGGGGACAUUGAAACAACGAGAAAAAAAGUGGUGAGAAAUUAUGGUGAAGGACUUUGUUGGGUUCUUCUGUACUACUUUACUGGAGUUCCUUCGUGGACGUGGUUUUAUCCGUACCAUUAUGCUCCGUUUGCUUCAGAUUUUAAAGGACUUGCACAAGUUAAAGUAAAUUUUCAGAAAGGAUUGCCAUUUAAACCAUUUGAUCAGCUCAUGGGAGUCCUUCCCCCAAGAAGCGCUCAUGCACUUCCUCUGGCAUACAAGGGGCUUAUGGUUGACGAGAGUUCCAAUAUCAUUGACUUUUAUCCUGCCGAAUUCGAGACGGAUAUUGAUGGCAAAAGAUACAGUUGGCAGGGUAUAUGCAAGCUUCCUUUCAUAGAUGAAGAGCGUCUCCUAACUGAGACUACAAAAAUUCAGAAGGAAUUGAAGGAUUUUGAGAUAAUGAGGAACACCGAGAAUCCUGAUAAGGUUUUUGUACAAAGCUCAACAAAUUUUGGUAGAGAGCUUAGAUCACGCUGUGGAAGUUUCUCUAUGGAGGAUGACGGUGUAAUUAAGUUAGAUAGCCUUUCAAGAGAGCUAAUUAACAGUUAUAUGCAUCUGAAUUCCGAGGACUCCUAUUUAGCUGAAGUUGACAGCGAGGAUUGCACUACAAGUGUUCUAUGUGUUUUAUAUGAGACCCCUCAACAUUGUCAACUAAUCCCGAGGCUUUUACAAGGUGUAAAUAUCCCAGAUUGUAAGACUGUCUACGAAGCAGAUAUACCUGAAACGAAUCUUUGGCAUGAACACUGGGGCAGCAAUUCCCAUUGUAGUCAAAGGGUUAAUAAUCAAGGAAGGCUGAGAAAAGAUUACAGUCAAGUCAAAUCUGAACACUCUUUCCCUGAGGUGAUCCGAAAAAAUGCCGGUACUGGAUAUAGUUACGAUGGAGGCAAAAACUUUGGAAGGCAUAACAAUUUUCCAAGGCAUGCUGUAAGUAGACCUUUUCACAGAAAUUCGUCGCCUAUUUCUUCUGAUGCGAGAGUUCAUAUGGUUUCAAGUCGAGGUCGAUACUCGAACUCCAGAGAAGGGAAUGUUCAACCAUUUGCUACCAACUAUUCAGGACAUGACACUUCGGGGUCCCAAAAUCCUACUCAUAUCGGACAAUAUAAAGGAAUUGAAGGUCUUCAAAUAUCAUCAGUACCAGUGCACAACAGUUUCUUUCCAUUGAAUACCACGAGUUCAUCUAAUGCAGGUCAUUAUUCGAGAUUGAAUAAUCACCCGACUGCUUCUCCUCGUGGUCAAGUUUGGCAGGGAUGGGAGAAUAAUGGCCAGACUUGGCGGCACAAUCAAUCGAUACCAGCCAGUUCACCCACCCAGGUUGGCUGGCGGAGAAUUUCUACAGAUAAUGCUAGCCAAGCAUGGCAGCACAAUCAAUCGAGGCCAACGAACUCCACGUAUCGGGGUGGAUGCCAGAGAAUGUCUACAGAGAACAAUAGCCAAGCUUGGCGGCACAAUCAAUCAAUGACGCCUACCGGCUUCAUGGCCCGAGGAGGAUGGCAGAGAAUGCCUACAGAGAACACUGGAGUGUCGACCAAUUCCAUAGCAAGCCGUGGGAGAGGCAGAGGUUUUAAUAAAACUUCUAAGUAG